GAGAGCUCAGUCGUUCAGUUCCAGGGUCCAAGUGUCAAAUCAAGCCAACGAAAGUGUUUGAAGCAGACUUGAAUGAAGCAUUUUCAAUAAACAUGGCAGAGGAGGACAGAGAGGAAGCAUAUCGUAUUGUUCAAUAUUUGAUGGGGGACGAUGAUACAAGCAGAGAGGACAUCAUUGAUAGGUUUUCUCAACACAGUCAUCACUAUGACAAGGUUUUAGAAGAGGCUAACUUCAGAAGUCCUUCAUUAACUGCUUUGAAAACUGCGGAGUUGUUUCCUAGCGACAGAAAGAACAUUUAUAUUCUGGAUGUGGCUGCCGGAACUGGUCUUUGUGCAGAUAAGCUUUACUCUAACGGCUUUCUCAAAAUGGAUGCCCUGGAACCGUCACAUAAAAUGCUCGACGAGGCUAGGAAGAAAGGUCGUUAUGGUCGCUACUUCACUGACGUUUUAGGGGUAAAUGCGCUGAACAUCCAAACUGAUAUCUAUGACGUGGUGACAAUGUCGGCUUUGAGCACAGUGGUUUUGAAAAAGAUGCCUUUAAAUGCAUUUGAGGAACUCAUUCGCAUUGUCAAACCAGGAAAGUAUUCAACGACCACCUCCGUGUGUCACAUAUUAGGUGGUUACAUUAUCAAUUCUACUUUAUACAACUUGUUCCCCGAUGAUGGCGAUGUCCGAGCAGUGACUUUUAGAGAAAAUAUGAAGACCUUGGAAUUUCAAGGGAAAUGGAAGCAGGUGGAACUUGCGGUUUACCCUGAAGCGAUAUUUGAAGAAAAAGGGGCCAUUUCAGUCCACAAAGUCCUGAAAUGA